GGGCCACGUGACGAGUCAGCUGUCAGUGUGCACGCUUCCUCUGUUUCAGCGAGUCUCACUCUGUCUCCCUGUGUCUGUCUGUCUCCCUCUGUCUCUAACUCUGUCUCCCUGUGUCUCUCACUCUGUCUCCCUGUGUCUCACUCUGUCUCCCUCUGUCUCUAACUCUGUCUCCCUGCGUCUCUAACUCCGUCUCCCUGAGUCUCACUCUGUCUCCCUGUGUCUCUCACUGCGUCUCCCUGUGUCUCUCCCUGUGUCUCUAACUCUGUCUCUCUGUGUCUCACUGUGUCUCUCUGUGUCUCUCCCUGUGUCUCUCACUCUGUCUCCCUGUGUCUCUCACUGCGUCUCCCUGUGUCUGUCUGUCUCCCUGUGUCUCUCACUCUGUCUCCCUGUGUCUGUCUGUCUCCCUGUGUCUCUCACUCUGUCUCCCUGUGUCUGUCUGUCUCCCUGUGUCUCUCACUCUGUCUCUCACUGCGUCUCCCUGUGUCUCUCCCUCUGUCUCUAACUCUGUCUCCCUGUGUCUCUCACUCUGUCUCCCUGUGUCUCACUCUGUCUCCCUGUGUCUCUCACUGCGUCUCCCUGUGUUUCUCCCUGUGUCUCUCACUCUGUCUCCCUGAGUCUCACUCUGUCUCCCUGUGUCUCUCCCUGUGUCUCUCACUCUGUCUCCCUGUGCCUCUCCCUGUGUCUCCCUGUGUCUCUCCCUCUGUCUCUAACUCUGUCUCACUCUGUCUCUCACUCUGUCUCCCUGUGUCUCUCCCUGUGUCUCUAACUCUGUCUCUCUGUGUCUCCCUGUGUCUCUCUGUGUCUCCCUGUGUCUCUCUGUGUCUCCCUGUGUUUCUCACUGAGUCUCCCUGCGUCUCCCCCUGCUCCCCCUAUCCCUAAGACCCCCAUCCCCCCCCCCCCACGUGCUCGCUAUGAGCGAGGCGAGCCGGCCCGUCCCGGCCCCGCGGCGCCUGGGCCCCGCAGGAGGCCCCGGGCCCGAAGCGUCGAGCGUGGCGGACGCGGCCAAGUCCAUGGCGGAGGGGCUCACGGUGCAGCAAUUCUCGGACGUCUCGGCCCUGGCUCUGGAGUUACUCACUCACCCUGACCAGGCGCAGAAGUUGUUUGGGCGCUUGGAGGGACUUGCGUUGGGCCUGCCGGAGCCCAAGGUGCUGCUCGGACAACUCGUGCUCGUCGCUCAGGGGUCUCUAAGGAGGAGUUUGAACGCGGAUCAGAUCCAGGAGGAGCUGCAGAGUCUGGGUCUGUCGAAGGAGAAGUCUCGCUGCUUCCUCGCCCAGUGGGAGGAGAGGAGGCCGCUGUUGGCGCGGGCGGCGCUGGGCCGCGCUCUCUCCAUCAACCAGCUCGUCGACCUGGAGUGGAAGUUCGGAGUGACCACGGGCAGCAGUGAGGUCACCGCACUGGGCAGCAUCUUCCUGCAGCUGAAACUCGUGCUGAGGAAAGGAACACAGCUUCAGAACGUCUACCUGGAGCUGACGCUGCCGCAGUUCUACAACUUCCUGCACGAGAUGGAGAGGGCGAAAGCGAGCCUUGACAGCUUCCUGUGAGAGGGGGCGGAGGGAGGGAGGGAGAGCGGGG